CCCGAAUGCUCAAUCCCGACAUCCCGCCGCUUCUCAUCGCCUUGACGGCGCUGCUCGUUCUCCUUCUGAUGGUGGCCACCUACGUCCCACGUGGCCUGCUCAGGAGAGCCGUGCCGCCACCUCAGGCGGACACUAAACCCUCCAGAGAGCGCAUGUCGGCGUCAGAAGCAGCAACAGGCCGAGAUGGGUCUCUUAUGUCGCCGCCGCCGCCGCCGCCGCAGCCGCCCGCUUCUCCGCGGCAGCACGGAGCCCCUACUUCCGAGACACUUCAGAGACACUUCCCAGACACUUCUCCGCGGCAGCCCGCUCCGUCCUCGUCGCCGAUCUCCUCGCUGCCUCCCGGCCUCGGCGUUGGUCCCGCCCUCGCCGCCUCCCAACCGCCAGCAGCUGCGCCUCCGGUUCCGGAGGCUGCGGCGGCGGAGGAGGCAUGCGGCGGCGGGGGGAAGCGGAUGUACAACGUCUCCUUUCUACUCUCACUACGUGCGAGCAACACCGCCAUGCCCGAGCAGCUGCAGCGCCGCCUCGACGCCCUCGCUGCGGCCGAGAAGCCGAAGCUGGAGCACGUCUCAUCGCGUGAGCGGCUGAUCGCGAUCCAGGAGAGGGAGGCGGCAAAGGCUGCGACACCGGGCGGCCUCGCGGCAGUCAAGGCUGCCACCCGGCUCGCCGCGAGACAGACGGAGCGGGCGCGCGCGGCGCUUCCGGAGGGGUUCGAGGCGCGGCGCGGCUGGGCCGCCAUCGUCAUGAAGGGGACGAGCAGCGAGCCGCUAGAAGCGCGAGAUCUCCCCAUAUCUCUCCUGUAUCUCCCCCAUAUCUGGCAGCACGCGGUGCAGCGGCUGUGCCUCGUGCCGCGGCCGACGUUUCGCGACGCCCUCUUCUUCCCGCACGCUUCGGCCCUCGAGCGGCUGCUGGCGCUGCUGCGGCGCGCAAAGUUCUCGAUUGACGUGUGCGUGUACUGCGUGACGGAGGAGCGGCUUGUGGCGGCCCUUCGCGAGAAGGCCGCGGCGGGCGUGGCGUGUGCGGGUCUCCAGUAG